CAUUUUUUCUAAAUACAAUUUCCAGAUAUUUCCUUAGCCAAGUGACCUUUCAAUUCCCCUUGCUCUGUUUCACGCCGUCUCUCUCUCUCUCUCUCUCUCUCCUCUGCGAUUAUCCAACCACCAACCAUCCUAGUCACGCCCAUCGAUGAUUUUUACAUGGCUAUGAACGCUCUUGCCGCCACAAACCGCAACUUUCGUCGUGCGGCUCGCAUUCUUGGAUUGGACUCUAGGAUUGAGAAGAGUCUGUUGAUUCCAUUCAGAGAAAUCAAGGUAGAAUGCACAAUUCCUAAGGAUGAUGGAACUCUGGUGUCCUACGUUGGAUUCAGAGUCCAACAUGAUAAUUCUCGAGGCCCCAUGAAAGGAGGGAUCAGAUACCAUCCUGAGCUGGUUUCAAGCCCUGAUAAAAGAGGAGGGUUAUGUGUUAGACAGCCGGACAGCCAGCACGUUGAUCCUGAUGAGGUAAAUGCUCUAGCUCAAUUGAUGACAUGGAAGACUGCUGUAGCAGACAUUCCUUAUGGUGGAGCUAAGGGUGGAAUUGGAUGCAAGCCAAAGGAUUUAAGUAAUAGUGAAUUGGAACGUCUCACUCGGGUCUUCACUCAAAAAAUUCAUGAUCUAAUUGGGGUUAAUAGGGAUGUCCCUGCGCCGGACAUGGGGACUAAUGCACAGACCAUGGCUUGGAUUUUGGAUGAAUACUCGAAGUUUCAUGGUCAUUCACCAGCUGUUGUGACCGGGAAGCCCAUAGAUCUUGGUGGGUCCCUGGGUAGGGAGGCUGCAACUGGACGUGGUGUUAUUUAUGCCACAGAAGCUUUACUCGCUGAAUAUGGAAAAUCAAUCAAGGAUUUGACAUUUGCCAUACAGGGUUUUGGCAAUGUGGGGUCUUGGGCAGCAAGGCUUAUUCAUGAGAGAGGUGGUAAGGUCAUUGCAGUGAGUGACAUCACCGGAGCAGUUAAGAACCCAAACGGGAUUGAUAUUCCAAUUUUGCUUAAUCAUAAGGAAGCAACGGGGAGCUUGAAAAAUUUUGAUGGUGGAGAUGCCAUGCAUCCAAAUGAAUUGCUCCUACAUAAAUGUGAUGUCCUGAUUCCAUGUGCCUUGGGAGGAGUUAUCAACAGAGAAAACGCUGAUAAUGUGAGGGCCAAGUUCAUUGUAGAAGCGGCAAAUCAUCCUACUGAUCCAGAGGCAGAUGAGAUUCUAUCUAAGAAAGGAGUUAUAAUACUACCUGAUAUAUAUGCAAAUUCUGGAGGUGUGACGGUCAGCUAUUUUGAGUGGGUCCAGAAUAUUCAAGGUUUCAUGUGGGACGAAGAGAAGGUGAACAAAGAGCUUCAUAGGUACAUGACAAAAGCUUUCGGCAACAUCAAAAGCAUGUGUCAGACACACAAUUGCAACCUCCGAAUGGGUGCGUUCACGCUGGGAGUGAAUCGUGUUGCACGGGCAACUGUAUUAAGGGGUUGGGAAGCGUGAUUAAAUCACCUUCACAUUCUAUUUUUCUUUUUUUUCGUCUUACAAAUAAAUGCCGCUGAAGAAUGCAGCUUGAUAGCGGUUCUUUGUUUUUUUUUUUUGGGUAAGUAAUUGAUAGCCGUUCUUACCCUCCCAUUUAUAGACUGUCCGUGACUUGAACUCACGCUUUCAGGACGCUGCUCUUAAAAAAGUUAAAAGACUGUGUACUGUUGUCUGAAAAUUUGAGGAUCAACCUUGUUCUGUUGUGGAAAUACAUGGAGUUUGUGUUUUAGUGGCUUUGCAAAUGAGUUUUGUAAUGGUUUUUUCUGAACCGUGAGCAAACUUUCAACAAGCAAGUGUACAUUUCUUUA